AUGCCCAUCCUCAACGCAUUUACCCUUCAAAAAAAGUACCCUGCAUUGCAGGUGAACGAUAUCAACUCCCUCAUUGACCAAUUCAACGAGUUGGACUUGGAUGGUGAUGGCUAUCUUGAUGAAACCGAGAUCCAAAAGGCUUGCAAGGAUAGUGGUUACAGCAGCAACUAUGAUGAGAUCCGUGCCACUCUCAAGCAAGUGAGAACCAGUGCUACAAGCAAAAUCGACACUGAGGAGUUUAUUGAGCUUGCUUCCAAAUUGAAGGAAGGUCGAAACAAGGGUGCUUUUGAUGUUCAUCAACACAAGAUUCGUGUCCAUGGAACCAACGCCGGCACUACUCACACCAUCAACGAGGAUGAACGUACCGAAUUUACUCGCCAUAUCAACAGCGUCAUGGCUGGUGAUGUCCAUAUCGGCAAUCGUUUGCCCAUUCCCACCGAUACUAUGCAGUUGUUUGAUGAAUGCCGAGAUGGUUUGAUUCUUUCAAAGCUGAUCAACGAUGCUGUGCCUGACACUAUUGAUGAGCGUGUUUUGAACGUCCCCAAGAACAAAAAGAUCAACAACUUCCAGAUGGUGGAAAACAACAACAUUGUCGUCAACUCUGCCAAGGCUAUUGGUUGUUCGGUGGUGAAUAUUGGUUCUCAAGAUCUCAUUGAAGGCCGUGAACAUUUGAUUCUUGGUCUUAUUUGGCAAAUCAUCAAACGUGGAUUGCUGAGCAAGAUUGAUAUCAAGUUGCAUCCCGAAUUAUACCGUUUGUUGGAGGAGAAUGAGACUUUGGAAGAAUUCCUCAAGUUGCCUCCUGAUCAGAUUUUGUUGCGUUGGUUCAAUUAUCAUCUUAAGGCUGCCAAUUGGGAACGAAGAGUCAACAACUUUAGCAAGGAUGUUGCCGAUGGUGAAAACUACACUAUCUUGUUGAACCAACUCAAGCCCGAGACGUGCUCUCGUGCACCUUUGCAGGAACGUGAUGUCUUGCGACGUGCUGAAAUGGUCCUUGACAAUGCUGAAAAGAUUGGAUGCCGCAAAUACUUGACCCCUACUGCUAUGGUGGCUGGUAACCCCAAGCUUAACCUUGCUUUUGUGGCUCACUUGUUCAACACCCAUCCUGGUCUUGAUCCAUUGACUGAAGAAGAAGCUCCUGAGAUUGAACCAUUUGAUGCUGAAGGCGAGCGUGAAGCAAGAAUGUUCACCUUGUGGCUCAACAGUCUCAAUGUCGAUCCUGGUGUAUACAACUUGUUCGAGGAUCUCAAGGAUGGUCUUAUUCUUUUGCAAGCCUUUGAUAAGGUCAUUCCCAACUUUGUCAACUGGCGGGCGGUUAACAAGAAGCAGCCCUUGUCACGUUUCAAGGCGAUUGAGAAUACCAAUUAUGCAGUACAUCUUGGUCAAGAACGUGGUUUCUCAUUGGUUGGCAUCCAAGGUGCUGAUAUUGCUGAUGGUACCCGGACAUUGACAUUGGCCUUGGUCUGGCAGCUUAUGCGCGAAAACAUUAUCCACACACUGCAAUCACUCACCAAGGGUGGUCGAGCUGUGACCGAUCAAGAUAUGGUACGCUGGGCCAACGAAAUGGUGCAACGUGGUGGCAAGCAAAGCCGAAUGCAAUCUUUCCGUGAUCCUUCCCUUCGCACAGGUCUCUUCUUUUUGGAUGUCUUAAAUGGUCUCAAGCCUGGCUAUGUCGAUUACUCUUUAGUAACCCCUGGUCGUUCCGAGGAGGAUGCUUUCAACAAUGCCAAACUUGCCAUCUCUAUUGCUCGUAAGCUUGGAGCUACUAUUUUCUUGGUGCCUGAGGAUAUCGUAGAAGUUAGAUCCAAGAUGAACUUGACUUUCAUCGGUAGUUUGAUGGUGGUUGAGAGACAGAAUGGCGGCGCUUAA